CGCUGCUUGAUUCUUAGUUUUGUUCUUUUUCUCUCUCUCUCUCUCUCUCUCUAGACUGCUAUAUUUUGCUCUGUCUGACGAAAUCUUCAGAAAUUGCAUUUGUGAAAGAAAAUGGCAGGGAAGCUCAUGAAUGCGGUUCAGUACGACUGUUAUGGAGGAGGAGUUGCUGGUUUGAAGCAUGUCGAAGUUCCUGUUCCUGCUCCAAAAAAGGGCGAGGUUUUGCUAAAACUGGAAGCAACAAGCUUAAAUCCAGUUGAUUGGAAAAUUCAGAAAGGCAUCCUGCGUCCUCUUUUUCCUCGCAAAUUUCCUUGCAUACCUGCAACUGAUAUAGCAGGAGAAGUAGUGGAGGUUGGAUCUGGAGUCACAAAAUUUAAAGCUGGUGACAAAGUUGUAGCUGUGCUUAGUCAUUUUAGUGGAGGUGGACUAGCUGAGUUUGCCGUGGCUAGCGAGACUCUGACAGUUCCAAAGCCACCUGAGGUAUCAGCAGCAGAAGUCGCGAGCUUACCUGUUGCUGCUCUUACAGCUCACCAGGCCCUUACCCAACCAGCAGGGGUCAAGCUCGACGGAACUGGCCCGACAAAAAAUAUUCUGAUCACGGCUGCUUCUGGCGGCGUUGGUCACUAUGCGGUUCAACUCGCAAAGCUCGGAAACACGCAUGUGACGGCCACUUGUGGGGCCCGCAACAUCGGUUUCGUGAAGAGCUUGGGUGCUGAUGAGGUAAUCGACUACAAAACACCUGAGGGGCAAGCUCUGAAGAGCCCAUCGGGCAAGAAAUAUGAUGCUGUCAUCCACUGCGCCAUGGGCUUUCCUUGGUCUACUUUCGAGCCUAGUCUGAGCACAAAUGGGAAGGUAAUUGAUUUGACUCCCAGUCCGAGUGCCAUGAUGACUUUUGCAAUGAAGAAACUCACAUUCUCUAAGAAGCAGCUUGUGCCACUGCUUUUAGUACCCAAAGCUCAGAACCUCGAGUAUCUGGUGAAGUUGGUGAAGGAAGGGAAGCUUAAGACAGUGAUAGACUCGAAGUAUCAUCUGAGUAAGGCUGAAGAGGCUUGGGCUAAGAUUAUGGAUGGUCAUGCUACAGGGAAAAUCAUAGUGGAGUUCUAAAAUAUCAUAAUAUGUGGAAUUAGUUUGGUUGUUUUUAUUUUUUUAAUGUAAUUAAAGGAGAGGGUAUGAAUGUGUUGUGUACUGCAUUAAUGGAGUUCUAAAAUGUCAUAAUAUGUGGAAUUAGUUUGGUUGUUUUUAUUUUUUUAAUGUAAUUAAAGAAGAGGGUAUGAAUGUGUUGUGUACUGCAUUAAGUUAAUUAAGGUAUUUGAUGAAGUGUGUUUUCUGCAAAAUUUA